AUGUAUCCUCAUUCAAACCCAGCUCGUCCUCGUGACGAACUGUACAUGACCAACACCAUCUCCGAAGAUCUGAGCGGUAAAAACGCUUCACAAGAGCAACCGGUUCCUGCUUUGCUCGGAGGGAGAGCUCCCCAACCUCUUGAUGGUACAUCUUAUAUUCCAAAUCCUAGCACACAGCAAGAACACCACAACAAUCAGGAUUACCCAUUCCAACUGAUGCUGUUAGAACAACAGAACGUCAGAAGCCAGUUGGCUGCGUCCCAGAGUAGCGCAUACCAAAGACCAGUCGAGUAUCAUACUCCCAUCCCUUCUUUCGGGCCGUCGGUAGUCAACAACCAAAACAUGCAAACGCCAGGCCCUUUCCCGCCGGGUCCUGUUCCAUAUCAAUAUCCCCAAGCCCCAACGUAUCAUCCCAAUGCCCUUUAUACUUCGGCAAGGCAACGGAAUUUGAGUCCACCGUCUGUGGACUCAUACGAUAUGGAUCCGCAGAAUGCAAACACUGUUCGCUCAAAUAUGCACACUCCUCCCAGUCAAGGAAGUAUCUCUCUAUCAGAGGCAAAUGACCUCAAGGCCCAAGUCACAGCGCUUCAAAACAAGGUCCGGGAGCUGGAAGGAAAGCCUGCUCUACCCACAGCCUCAAAGUAUCAGAUCCUUUAUCGGAUUGAGAAAGACGACACCUAUCCGAGUGACAAUCAUAGCAUGGAUGAUAAUGACGAUGAAUUCAGCCACAGGCCUAGGCGAAGGUCACACAGGUCUCCGCCUAGGUCUCCAUGGAUGGGGAUUUAUUCCGAUCCGCCCGAGCUCAUCCAUCGAAACAUGGGUGCGCCAUAUCUGCGCUGCAAUGAUCCGCUGACUAACUUCGAGCUGUACCUCGCUCUCAACAGAGACAUAUCUUUUGUAGUUUUCCGGAACUACAAAAGAAGGGCCGAGCCGCAGUCACCGAACACAAAGUAUGGCAAGCCAGAACCAUUCAGCGAGACCAUCUUUCCAGUUUCCGAAGAUCUCAAAGACGUGAUUGCAGAAUUCCUCAGGGGUGAAGAGUUUCAAUCUAUGUCCAGAAACUACCGAGACAAGGGGGAGGUCCAGUCACCUUAUCUCUUCGUCUACCAUCACCAGGGUGAUGUUGAGUUUGAAAUCAAACAAGGGCUGAGCUCUGAGGCGCAAAGACAAUUUGAUCUCUUCAUGGACUAUGUCCAAGAGGCUUGCGGCACUGAGUAUGCUGCAGCAAACCGGCUUUUGGAGAAAGGCAAAAUUCGCCCGGAGUACAUUCAAUAUCUGUUCAAGCCCAAUGAAGUCCUGGUGUCGAACAAAAGCAAAGAGCAUAUUGGUUAUGUAGUCAAGGACUGGCCAUAUCCGAUAAUAGACCUCGAUGGCAGCACUUAUUGGCGGAUCAGUGUCCAGACCUGGGACUUCGAUGGCGAGUUUUAUGAAUCUCGGACUAACCUCAGUUUCGAAAUGCCAAAGUCGCUUGAAGUGGACUAUUUGUCGCAUGGCUCUAGCCUUCCUCUACCCGACAGUAACGCAGACAAAGAAUGUGCUAUCACGGACCUUGGGGUAUUCCCAAUCAAGUAUGCCCCUGAUUAUCUCGUCCGGAAACUUCAGCGUCGUGGUGAGAUUUUCUGGACAUUCCGCACACAUAAGUAUGUGUCCUAUGAGGCAACCGAAGAAGAGAAUUUCCAGACCGUGGCCGACGACCGAUACAUCAUAGACAUGAAGACAUACAACAGACUACAUCCAAACCCAACCAGGUACUUUGAUGACGGCCCACGCAGAAAGACACUCAAUGACCGAGUCAUGGCCAGAGAGCAACCCCCGCAAGAGCCGUUCAGCAUGUUGAUGCCUCCGAGGGUGACGGGCUUCAACCUCCGGCGCAAGAAAUGGUUCGAUCUCUCAGUCGACCGCAUCUCGCCUAUCGAGUGGAACAAAGACGCCUUCGAGAGUCUAGCCAUCGACUCCAAAUCCAGAGAUCUUAUCGAGGCACUAGUGACCAAUCACAUCGAGCUCGAAUACUCUGCCGAUUUGAUCGCCGGCAAAGGAAACGGGCUUGUCUUGCUUCUGCACGGUGGGCCGGGAACGGGCAAAACACUGACCGCAGAGAGUGUGGCUGAAAUAGCCGAGAGGCCUCUCUAUCGAGUCACAUGCGGUGACAUCGGCAUCAAGCCAGAGGAGGUGGAGAAGUACCUCGAGUCUGUGCUACAUCUGGGCAAGAUCUGGAACUGCGUGGUCCUGCUCGAUGAAGCAGAUGUUUUCCUUGAGCAGCGCAGUCUGGAAGAUAUGAACCGGAACGCACUUGUAUCGGCAUUCCUGCGCGUCGUGGAGUAUUUCGAGGGAAUCCUGAUCUUGACCACCAAUCGAGUAGGCACCUUCGACGAGGCGUUCAAAUCGCGUAUCCAGCUGGCACUACACUAUCCCCCCCUCGGCGAGGAACAGAGACGAUCUAUCUGGCAAACGUUUAUCAAGCGACUGGAUGGGUUCGAUGAGGAUGCUAUUGAUGUUGAAGAUAUUAUGGGGAACUUGCAUGUACUUCAGAGGGAGAAGUUGAAUGGUCGGCAAAUUCGGAAUGCUGUCACCACUGCUCGCCAGUAUGCGAAGUGGAAAAGGGAGGUUCUGACUUAUGAUCACCUCAAGGAUGUGAUUGAGGUGUCUGCAAGGUUCGAUGAGUACUUGGAAAACACUCACCGCAGUAGUCUCAUGCAGUUUUGA